UCCGCGAGCGAUGCCCAUGGCUGUUCCGUGCGCAUGAUGCCCAUGGCCGUCCUCGGGAUCGCUGUCCUGUCUCGUUCCCGCCAUCCCCAGCGAGGCGGUCGUGGACAGCGCUGUCGUUGCUCGUGGGCUGGCAUUCGCUCGCCAGCCAACCCCCGUCCAUGCAGCGGAGGGAUGGGACACCAAGCCCCAGCCGCCUCCCCCUCCCUCCCUCACAUCGUCACCCUUGGGCUCGUCUGUUGUUGCUCUUGCACUUUCGUCGUCUCGAGUCCAUCCCGUCGCCGACAUGAGAGUCCUGCUCGCCACCGUGCUUUCGCUCGUCGGAGCUGCCUGGGGCCUCGCUGUCCAGCAACAGCCCAUCAACCUGAUCAACGAACCCGCCGAUCUCUCUGCCUGGUCUGUCGUCAGCAGCCAGGAUCUUCCCGGCUAUUCCAUCCGCCUAAAGGAGUCGUCUCGACUGUGCGACCCGGACGUCAAGCAGAUCCACGGCUAUCUCGACAUCGAGAACCGCCACCUCUUCUUCUGGUUCUUCGAGUCUCGCUCCAGCCCUGCAACUGAUCCUGUUACCCUGUGGCUCAAUGGCGGACCUGGAUGCUCUUCGAUGCUGGGUCUCUUGAUGGAGCUUGGCCCCUGCCGAGUGGCUGAAGCCGGCAACACCACCGACAUCAACCCGCAUUCCUGGAACACCCAGUCCAACGUUCUGUUCCUGGACCAGCCUGCAGGUGUCGGACUCUCGUACUACGACAACGGCACCAAGAUCCCGCAUACCACCCCAACCGCCGCCGCCGACGUCCUGGCCUUCCUCAAGCUCUUCUUUGGCCAGUACGGCGAGUACUCGGAGCUGCCCUUCCACAUCUUUGGCGAGUCCUAUGGCGGACACUACGUCCCGGCCAUUGCCCAUGCCAUCUGGAAGGACAAUGCUGUCGCCGAGCGCAAGAUCCCCCUCACCAGUAUCGGCAUCGGAAAUGGACUGACGGACUCGGCCGUGCAAUUCGAACACUACCACACCUACGGAUGCAAGAACCCCAAAUACAAGAACGUGUUCUCGCAAAAGACAUGCGAUGAUCUGGCCCACAAAAUUCCCACCUGCAAGGAGCUCAUUGACACUUGCCAACAGUGGAGAACUCCAUUCACCUGUGUCCCCGCCUCGGUUUAUUGCAACGAAGCCGUCAUGAAGCCCUUCCAAGAAACCGGGCUGAACGUCUACGACAUCCGCCGAAAAUGCGAAUCCGGCUCGGACCUUUGCUAUCCGAUCAUCAACGAUGUCCAGGCCUACCUCAACACCCCUGAAGUGCGCGCCCAGCUCGGUGUCUCUGACCAGGCCGGCAAGUUCCAGACCUGCAGUAACAAUGUCGGACGACAGUUUUCCGUGACGGGUGAUUUAGAAAUCUCCUUUGGCCCACAGCUUGCUGAGCUGCUCGACAACGGUAUCAAGGCCCUGAUCUAUGUCGGUGACGCAGACUUUAUCUGCAACUGGAUGGGUGUCCGAGCCCUGACCUUGGCGCUCGAGUGGUCGGGAUCCAAGGGAUUCAACCGAGCCAAGGACCUUCACUGGCUGAGCAGCCAGACCGGAAAGCUUGUCGGAGACUUCCGCACCUACAAGACUCUGACCUACCUGCGCGUUAACAAUGCUGGUCAUAUGGUUCCCUAUGACCAGCCCAGCAACAGCUUGGAGAUGUUCAAUCUCUUCAUCUCGCCCGACUACGACAGCUUUGUUGCCUCGGCACUCGCUGGUGCUCAGUAGACCAGAUUGACAAGUUGGUUCCAAGCCCUCUUGGGGGUUGUGUCGAAAGUGGUGGUUCAGACCGAUGCCGUCGAUAAGAUACAGAUUUGCUGUUGUUUUGCAAAUGGGGGAGUAAACAGUCGUUGAUGGCAUCCAAA